AUGCGUCAACGAAGGAUGAUGGAAAAUAAAAUGUGCAUCGUUUGCAAUAAAGAGGUGCCACUAGGUGCAAUUUCCUGCUCUUGUGGGCAUGUUUUCAUUACUAAACGGAUGCUUGAAUCUGGACAUAUCGAUUGGAGUGAACAAUUUGGCGUUAAAAGAAAAAGAACACACGGCGAGGAAGGCAAAUUGCAAGAUUUAGAUCAGAACGUAUUUACAGAUUUACGACUUAUGCGAAUUAAGCGUCAUAAAAGCAAAUACGGUAAAGGCACUACAGAAGAUCAUAGGGGUAGGCGAAAAAUUCGACAAAUCUCGUCAAACGGGAUGGCCAACAAAUACACCGCAAAAAGGAAUAACACUACUAUUGGGUCCAUUUCGCCUCCAACGGAGCGAUUAAACAAAAUAAAUCAUCAUCCUAGCCACAAUCUAAACUGUCGCGGUCUUAAGAACUCAAAAUCAAAGCAAAGACUGAAUGGCAAUCGAUAUAAGCCCAAGAUUACUCAACAAUUUCACCACCAAAUUAAUGUCACGGAAAAUUUAUUUAAAACUGCUGUAGCAGACAUUAAUAGAAAGAUAACGAAUCAAAAUCUACACGAUAUUCUGCUCAAAAGCAAUCGAUAUCAGAUGUAA